AUGGUCUCCGCAUGGCACAUUAUUCAGUACUUGGCGGAUCGUCACACCGCUGCAGUGGCAACGGCGUUUUUUAUCUACGUGCUCGUUAUCGCGUGGUGCGGAAAUACUGGCACGCGCGAGGUGCAGCAGCGGACCGAGGCCGUCUUGCGACGUCUUCACAGCACUGCUGAUGCCUCAUCGUCCGCAGGACCGACUUUCUUCACCUCUGCGGUGGCGCAGAGCGUGUCCGUGGCUGUUCUUCGACUAACAGACGCCGACGCAGAGCUGCUGCAUGGCGGAACUCUCGAUCGUGUACCGUCACGGGCCGAGAGGGAGCAGCAGUUGCUUUCCCUGGUACCUCGGUGGCAGUACUACUUCGCCGUCGGCGACUUCACCCUCAUCUCCGCUCCGUCACGCUUGGCGGCCAGUGGAAUGCUGAAGGAGUGGAUCGCGACGCUGGGUUCGGUAUACCCAACAUGCGUGUUUGCCUCUCUUGCGGGCGGCGCUGGGUCUGAGGACACAGAGGAUGACAGACAACUGCUCAUUCUGCCCGCCACCUGGCAGUCGAACCGACGCGCGUUGAUGGGCGAUCGACACCAGCAGUCUCUACGCGUCCUGCGUGUGCACACGCUCCCGGCUCCGGAGCGACUGCGGGAGAGAGCGGCGGCGGUGGCGGCAGCAAGUAGUAAGGGCGAUGACGGGGCCAAAGACCCUCUCUUUGUCUUCGUGUCGGAGAACGCGACUCGCAAGUGGUCGGCUGCCGUGGACGCCGCGGAGCUGAAGCGCCCGCCGACGGAGCGGUGGCGCAGCGGAAAGUCAGGCCUUGAUGCAUGGGAGGAAUUGCUACAGACAACAUCGAUGCCGCAAGCAGCGCUUCGUGCCGCGGUGGGUGCAGCUGCCGCCUCACCCUCUGUGGAUGAUCCCCUACCAUCUGACCUCCGUGGUUGUAUGGCGCAGCUGCGCAGGACGAAGGCGCAGGAGCCGUUGGCAUCCGUGACGGACGCGGCGCAGUACAUUCCGCGACUUGCCAUGGAUCUCGCUAACACCUACGAGGCGCCAUACGUGAUCUUUGCUUCGUGGUGCUCCUCCGUUGGUGCCUACGGCUGGAGUGGAACUAGCACGUCGGGGGCCAGCACUGAGGAACACGCUCUCGUGCUUGUGCUCUGCUUGCAAGACAGCGAACUCGUGGAAAUUGUCCCCUCAGGACACCAUGUUUCACGACAUCUCCAGCAGUGA